GCUCUGGAAAAGGGAAUGCUUGUGGAACAGAGUGACGGCAAGUACCCACGUGCGUGCGGCGAGACACUCAAGAUAGCGAGUCUCAAAGGACACCUUCAGAGGAAGACACACUUGGAAAAGAGCGUGAACACUGCCCUGGAAAAGGGAAUGCUUGUGGAGCAGAGUGACGGCAAGUACCAAUGUGCGUGCGGCGAGACACUCAAGAAAGCCAGUCUCACAAGACACCUUCAGAGGAAGACACACUUGAAUGAGUUUACCGUACAAACUGCCCUUAACAAAAACAUCUUUGUCGAGAUAGAAAACGGAGAAUAUGAGUGUGCUUGCAAAAGAAAGCUGAAAAAGGCAUCGUUGAAAGGACAUCUUUUCACAAAGAUACACUUGUCAGAGGUACACGCGAGAAAGUUGUGGAUAAAAUCAGGAAAAAAUGAAGAGACAAAGGACGCACGGACCAACAACAAUGACCAAAGGGAAGAGAUUGUAGUAGAAUGCGACCAUAAUAUCAUGCGAUGUCCUUUUUGUGGGAAGAGAUUCUCAAAAAAGAAAUAUCUCGAACGACACGCCCAAGACAGCACAUGUCAGGAAGAAGUCAAUAGAAAACGGGAGAAUACGAAAUCAGUGGGGGAACCGGAAACACCGAUCCCACCGUACAGCGUAAGAUCAGAUCCACCUGGUCAUGUUUACGUUUUUAACAACGACUUUAAAGGUCACGAACAGGAACGCCGCGGAGCCAAGCAGGACUCGCGCAACCUGCAGCAGACCUUCACGAGCAUGGGGUACAAGGUCUUCCUGCUGGAGAACCUCAGCGCGCAGCAGACGAUGGCGGAGGUAGACCGAAUUAGGAGCGACCCGGCGCUCGCCAGAGUCGACGCCCUCGUCAUGGUGUUCCUCAGCCACGGCAAACGGGCCCUCAAAUUCUUGGCGCAGGACAGGGCGACGCUUGACCUUCGAAAAAUCCGCAGGAAUUUCACAAACUCGCUGUGUCCCAACCUGAAAGGAAAGCCGAAAAUUUUCUUCACGAAUUUUUGCCGCGGACGUGAACUCCAAAUACAGACGGACGGCGUCGAGCCCACGAGGGACAUGGUGACCAUCCACGCGGUCCAGCACGGGAUCGCGGCGCUGCGCCAUACCCGCGACGGCACCUACUUCGUCAAGGCUCUGUGCUUAGUACUGCAGAAACACGCAGCCGACAAAAGUCUGCGGGAUAUCUACUUAGAGCUGGAAAGGAAAACGAAGGAAAUAAACGGAACUUUGCCUCAGUGGGAGGACGAUGCUUUCCGAGAAUUCUAUUUCACGCAAAGAGCGCAUCUAGAAUAAAAGUGCCAUGUAAAGCCAACCUGUUUUGUAUCAGUAUUGAUAUUUACCGUUACUACUAUUGUUAUUAUCAUAAAUUAUCUAAUAAUAUGCUAUAUAUGCUCA